AUGGAUCAAAUGUUGGUUGAGCUUGCCGGGCACCAUCCACCUAUACUCGGAUGUUUGAACCAUCAAAGAUAUGCCAAAGCUUUCUAUAGGAUGGUUGCUAGUGCAGAUGAGUUGGUGCAUGAUAGAACCACACACUCACGCUUGUUUGCUGUAGCUCGCUUGUUUGCUGUGAAGUCACGGUACAACAUGUCCGUCGCAGAAUAUGAUGACAUACUAGGCAUAGUACAUGAACUCCUUCCGCCUGACUCCAAGUUACCUAAUGACUUCUACCAAUCUAGGAAAUUAUUAGAGGGUCUUGGUAUGCAAUAUAUCAAAAUUGAUGUUUGCUAUAACAAUUGCAUGCUAUUCUACAAAGAUAACAAGGACAAAGAUAAAUGUGAUUUUUGUGGUGCUAAUCGGCGUUUCUUGCCUCAAGAUCAUCCAUUUAGAAAUGAAGCUAAUGCUUUUCGCAAGAACACCAAGGUGUUUGAUGAGGCACCUAGGUGUAUCCAAAAACUUAGGAAAAAAGUAAGAAAUAAGGCUCGUGUUGAGGCUGGCAUUGUUGAGGCAUUUCUUGUUGAAGAGGCUGCAAAUACACUAAGUCUAUAUUUUAGACCCCAUGCUCCAUCUGUUAGAAAUAAGGUGCCUCGCUAUGAUGAUUGUGCAUCUUCAUUUCAAGGUACAUGUGACCUUGACAUUUUUAAAUGUCCAGGUCGUUGCAUGAGCCCUAGAGGUGUUCGUGAACUCUCAAACAAGGAGUACAAGGUUGCUUUUCUAUACAUAUUGACAAACAUGCCGGAGAUGGAUGAUUUCUUCACACACUUCGAUAAUGAACAGUGGAAGAGCCGUAUAGCUCCCACAGACCAGCAACGUCGUGAUUUAAGGUUAAAUGGUUGGAAAAAUAGCCAUGGUAUACAAUCUGUUCCAAAUUUUUUUGAUUGGUUCAAAGAGCAAUGCUUGAGAACAGCUAGCAUUCACAAUGCUCUGUUCCAAAUGUCCUAUGGUUACUGCCCUCGAGUUAGGUCCUAUGGGUGUUAUGAUGUCAAUGGCUAUAGAUUCCGUUCAAAGAAAUAUGAGAGUGGAAGAGUAGGGCUAACAACUAUCAAUAGUGGUGUUUGUGUAACUUCUUUUGAUGAAUCAGACAAUGCUCUAGAGUAUUAUGGAAUCAUAGAAGAUAUAAUUAAAAUUGAGUGGGAAGGCAGCAUGAAACUAGAGUUGGUGCUGUUUUAUUGCUCCUGGUUUGAUCCAACACCCAAUGGAUUGAGGCGUAUUGAAGAUCUAGGCUUGGUAGAGAUCAAUCAUACAUUAAGAUUAUCAAAUUUUGACCCAUUUGUGAUGGCUAGUCAGGUUACUCAAGUGUACUAUCUGUCAUACCCGUGUAAGAACAGAGAGUUGUCUUCAUGGUGGGUUGUCUACCAUGUUGCUCCACAUGGAUGUGUGCCUAUGAAUGAAAGCAGUAGUGAAGCUAUGAAUAUGGAAGGGGUAGUGCAGGAUGUCUACCAAGCGGAUGGUUUGGAUGGCACCUUUGUCAUUGAUUUGAGUGAUGCCUUGGACUCCUUAAUUGCAACGGGAUCAGAUGAGGUUACCGACCCAAAAGACUUGGAAGCAAUACAGAAACAAGUUGUUCUAGAUGAGGAAUAUGAUGAAGAAGCUAUUGAAGAAGAGAAAGAGACGGAAGAGGAUGAUGAAGCAAUGGAUGAAGAAGAUGAAGAAACUUAUGAUCCAAAUGAUUUUUGA